GUCUAAUAAAUAGAUAAUUAUGAUCAAUUUGAAUAGUGACUUAAGUCUUAAUUUAUCGACGUUUCCCCAUAUAAUUUGUAAAAUAAAUUUAGGGAUACGUCGAAAUCUGGCAACGUCGGAUCGAACAGCUGUCUCCAUUUCGUGAAACCGUUUCAACUGUGUAUCGAAUGUAUACCGAACAUGUUGGUCGAUUUAGCACGUGUAAUUCCAGUCGUUUUAAAGUAUUCAAGUCAAAAGUUAUUAAAUACAUUUUAAUUACUUUGUAAGAGUCAUUAAAAAGUAGAGUUUGAGACACGUGUUUUUUUAGUGAAGUUCAUAGUAACGUGUUUGAUAUACAGUAACACACCUCGAUGAAAUCUAAUCAUUUACCCAAGUAAUUACAUUCGAAAUGAGCGUAACCGCCCCCAUAGUAAAAAUAUCCGAAGUGGCCCCCAGCGUCGAAAGUUUACAAGAAACUCCACCGGACACCGAAACCUUCAACAAUUCCACGCUGAGAAUCGACCACAAAUUUCAAGGUAGAGGAUCGAUUCUGUCUUCGGAAAUAAGUCUUUUUAUAGAAAAAACCGGACAGAAAAUACCGGACGGGGGAUGGGGUUGGUUGGUAGUUUUGGCGUGUUUCGUUAUCAAUAUGUUAUCGGAUGGGGUUGGUUUUACAUUCGGGUUGCUUUAUAAGGAGUUUUUGAUCGAGUUCGGCGCUUCUAAAUCGGCUACGUCGUGGAUAGGAAGUCUUUUUAUGGCUUUACCACUAAUAGCAGGUCCUCUUGGAAGCGCUCUGGUAGACAAAUACGGAUGUAUGACGAUGACAAUAGCAGGAGGAAUCGUCUGCACGUCAGGUCUGGCUCUAAGUUCCUACGCGCAAACCAUAGGGGUGAUGUAUUUAACGUUCGGAGUCGUAGGUGGAUUAGGCCUUACGCUUUGUUUCGUAACGGCCGUCGUUUCAAUAGCGUUUUGGUUCGAAAAAAAACGAACCGUGGCUUUGGGUUUAGCGGCGAGCGGUACCGGAUUCGGUACGGCCCUGUAUUCCCCUUUAGCCACGUGGCUCCUCUCCGAAUACGGUUGGCGCGGUACUUUAUUGAUAACGGCGGGAUUUUUCGCCAACAUGUGCGUCUGCGGGGCCCUAAUGAGAGACCCCGAUUGGAUAAUAGAAGAAGAAAAAGAGGAAAAAAGAUUGAAAAAGGCUAGAAAAUGGAGCGUUUCAUCGAUUGAUACAGAGUGUCUCGAAGAAAUCAAACAAACGUUAGAAGAAGGGGGCGAUACGCAAUAUCUGCUUCAAGAUGUCGACGCAACAUUAGAUCUAACCGACAAGGAUAGAUUCAAUUCCGUCGUCGAUUUACCUACUUUCGUUCGAGAUAACGAAAAGGUGCCGCUCGAAGUACUGAAACAUCUCAGCGAGAAUAAACAAAUUUACGAUAUAAUAGUGCAGAAUUAUCCGAAUUUAUUGGCCGGUCGGAGUUCUUCCGAUCAAGGGAUGAAUAUUUUGAACGCCCCCGAUCGGCAUACGUCGAGGGUGCCGGUGAAAUUUUCUAUGAAUAUCAAAAAACAAGAAGAAUGUUGGACGAAACGUCGAGAAUUCCGAGAAAAAAUGGAAAAUAACGCGAAUUUGGAGACGAUGGGGAUGGCGGAAGCGAAGGAAACGCAAAAUAAAGGGAUAAACUUGCUCAAGAGUCUGUCCGUCAAGGCGAAAACUCAAAUUCAACCGCAAUCGUAUCUGAAAAACGUGAGAUUUCGGAAAAAUUCCAUUGGGUACAGAGGCGCCAUGUUGAAUAUACACAAAUACAAAGUGAAAGCCUCCAGUUGUCCGGACAUUUAUAAAAAUUCAAUGGCGACUUUAUUCCGAGAAGAAGAGGUACGGAUAAUCGUUUUACCUUCAAUCAAAACUAGUAAAUAAUGGUCGACACGUUCGCGUUUAAUAAAAAUUUUUUCGAAAAUUUAUUCAAUUUGCGCAGCUAUCGUUGUUGUCUUCUUCUUUUAAUUCACGUCUCGUCGCAUCACUGUCUACUCGAACUAAAUGUGUUACGACCCUCGUAACAUAAUAAACAAAAUUCGAUAGUCGCUUAAUGAAUUGUGGGACUACAUGUAUAUUUUGACGUUGAAGGGACAUUCCGUAAUUAUUCGAUAUAACUUUCUAUUAAAAUUUUUUGGUAAUUUCCACAGAAAAAUCGAUAAUUUCGUGAUUAUUUUCGAAAAAUUAUCCAAAUUUCAAAUUAUUUAUAAUCAGAAUUUUUUUUUCUUUGAUUACGAUCGUAUGGGAUUAAAUGGAGAACGCCCCUCGUAGCAUAAUCGUGACACGUAAUUGAAUAGUUUACUGCUGAAUUAUGGGACAUCCUGUAUAUAUAU